GCCGCCCGCCCCGGGCUGCCGCAGCGCCGCGAUGGAGACGGCGGAGAAGGAGUGCGGAGCCCUCGGCGGCCUCUUCCAAGCCAUCAUCAACGAUAUGAAGAGCUCCUACCCCAUAUGGGAGGAUUUCAACUCAAAGGCCACCAAGCUGCACUCCCAGCUCAGGACCACGGUGCUGGCCGCAGUUGCCUUCCUGGAUGCCUUCCAGAAAGUGGCUGACAUGGCCACCAACACCCGAGGUGCCACAAGGGACAUUGGCUCGGCGCUGACCCGGAUGUGCAUGCGGCACCGCAGCAUCGAGGCCAAGCUCCGCCAGUUCACCAAUGCCCUCAUGGAGAGCCUGAUAAACCCUUUGCAGGACAGGAUUGAGGACUGGAAGAAAACUGCCAACCAGCUGGACAAGGACCAUGCAAAAGAGUACAAGCGAGCACGCCAUGAGAUCAAGAAAAAGUCCUCUGACACCCUCAAGCUCCAGAAGAAGGCUCGCAAAGAACUACUUGGGAAGGGGGACCUGCAGCCCCAGCUGGACAAUGCGCUGCAGGACGUCAAUGACAUGUACCUGCUGCUGGAGGAGACGGAGAAGCAGGCGGUGCGCAAAGCCCUCAUCGAGGAGCGGGGCCGCUUCUGCACCUUCAUCACCUUCCUGCAGCCCGUGGUGAACGGGGAGCUCACCAUGCUGGGAGAGAUCACCCACCUGCAGGGCAUCAUCGAGGACCUGGUGGUGCUCACUGCUGAGCCCCACAAGUUGCCCCCCGCCAGUGAGCAGGUGAUCAAGGACCUGAAGGGCUCUGACUACAGCUGGUCCUACCAGACGCCCCCGUCCUCGCCCAGCAGCUCCAGCUCCCGCAAGUCCAGCAUGUGCAGCAGCGUUAGCAGUGCCAAGGGUGGCAUGGCGUGGCCCGGCGGGGCUCAGACCUGCUCACCCAGUUCCACCUAUCGCUACCGCAGCCUGGCGCAGCCCCCCGCCGCCGCCACCCGCCUCUCCAGCGUCUCCUCCCACGACUCCGGCUUCAUCUCCCAGGACGCCGCUUACUCCAAACCGCCUUCCCCCAUGCCCUCGGACAUCACCAGCCAGCAGAAGUCCUCCAGCUCGGCGUCCUCAGAGGCAUCCGAAACCUGCCAGUCAGUUAGCGAGUGCAGCUCCCCCACCUCGGACUGGUCCAAGGCCAGCCCCUAUGACCAGCCGGUGGUCCCUACGCUGCAGCGGCGCAAGGACCGGGUGGAGCACCUGCGGGAAGCCGAGCUGGGCUCUCCUGCUGCCGGCUACCCGGCCAUCGCUGGCGAGGAUGCUCCCAGGCCCCGGAUGUCGCCGGCUACCAUUGCCGCCAAGCAGCAUGGGGAGGAGGUGUCCCCUGCCGCCAGCGACCUGGCCAUGGUCUUGACCCGUGGGCUGAGCUUGGAGCACCAGAAGAGCAGCCGGGACUCGCUGCAGUACUCCAGUGGCUACAGCACGCAGACCACCACCCCCUCCUGCUCUGAGGACACCAUCCCUUCCCAAGGCUCCGACUACGACUGCUACUCGGUGAACGGUGACGUGGAGUGUGACCCCCAGAGCGAUUUCGACAAGUCCUCCACCAUCCCACGCAACAGCAACAUCGCCCAGAACUACCGGCGGAUGAUCCAGACCAAGCGUCCUGCCUCCACCGCGGGGCUGCCCACCGGCACCAACCUCCCGGCCGGCACCACGCCCGGGGUGGCCACCAUCCGCCGCACGCCCUCCACCAAGCCCUCGGUCCGCCGCACGCUCUCCAACGCCGGCCCCAUCCCCAUCCGACCCCCCAUCGUCCCCGUGAAGACCCCCACGGUGCCCGACUCCCCUGGCUAUGCCGGCCCUACGCGGGUGGGCAGCGAAGAGUGCGUCUUCUAUGCCGACGACGCCUCUCCCAACCCCCUGGAUUUUGCCAAAGCUUCGCCCAAGCGGCUGAGCCUUCCCAACACCGCCUGGGGUGGCGGUGCCAUGGAGAUCUCCGUCUACCCCGGGGCCGGCCAGCACCUCUCCGCUGAGGAAGAGGAGGACCAGCAGCUGGCUGCCAACCGGCACAGUUUGGUGGAGAAGAUUGGGGAGCUGGUGGCUGGCGCCCACGCCCUGGGGGAAGGCCAGUUCCCCUUCCCCACCGCCCUCGCGGGGUCCGGCCCCAGCGAGGAGACCCCCGCGCCGCCCCCCGCCGCCUCCAUGGACCCCCCGGCCGAAGACAUGCUGGUGGCCAUCCGGCGCGGGGUGCGCCUGCGCAGGACCGUCACCAACGACAGGUCGGCCCCGCGGAUAUCGUGAUGAUGCCCCGGCCAGCGGGGCCGUGCCCACCGUGGCCAUGCACCCCCGGGGGCCCCCACCCGCCGGCACCCGCUGCCCUGUCCCUCCCUGGUGCCCCCUGCUUCCUGCCCCUCUGUCUCCUCCUGCCC